CUCCACUCCUCCGCACUACGCAUCUCAAGCCCGCGGAUAGAAACUACUUUGAUCACGGGCCUCGCAGCACGAGGCUCAGAACAUGGCAGAGCAAUCCGGGGUCAUCAUCAUACCUGCCCAGUUCCCACGAGAUCGAGAGGUCGUCGCAUCGCUCUUCGCGGCAUACGCAAAAUCCCUCGAAAUCGACCUCACAUUCCAGGCCUUUGAAGAAGAACUCGCCCAGCUACCAGGGAAAUACGCCCCCUCAAACGGCGGUGCCUUAUUCCUCGCACACGCCAGCCAUCCCGCCCCCACCCUAAAAACACCACCGCACCUGUCGCCACCUCCAUCGCAGCCAAAAGCGAUUGGCUGCGUGGCCCUGCGCGGCUUCUCUCCACCGCACAUCUGCGAACUCAAGCGCCUCUACAUCGCACCGGAUUCGCGGGGUCUAGGCGCUGGACGGGACUUGCUGGAAGCAGUGCUUGCGAGGGCGAGAGAGCUGGGGUAUAGGGAGAUGUUGCUUGAUACGUUGCCGAGUAUGGUGGCGGCGAGGAAGAUGUAUGCGCAGUAUGGAUUCGAAGAGGUGGGGAAGUACUACGAAAGUCCGAUUGAGGGGACGACGUUCAUGAAGCUGGUGUUGUAGGGCUGCGCGUUGAGGCGUGGUUGUGUCGAGUUGGGGCUGAGAGAGGGUAGGAGGGGAACUUACGUGUGUGACUCUCGACGGGUAUGCUGUGUCGGAUUUUGUGGAGGGAUGAGGAAGGUCAUACGAAGUCUUUGCUGUUAUCGGCUCUCCCUAGAGAGAUCCUGCAAGAACUUCUGGCUACGCAGCCAACCCACGGAGGAGGGAUCGAGCAGCUUGGCAAUACGUAGGUGUGUGAAGCACAUCAGGAUGCUGUCUCCUAAUACGCCUGUUAGGGAGAGGAUGCUACACUAGGCCCUUUGA